GUUUUUUUUUGGGGGGCUGGAAGCGGGAAUUCUGCCCGCAGCCAAAAGAUGUGCCCUACUUUGGAUAUUCCUGCAUUGAAUGUCUGAGGAGCUCCAGCCGACCCUGAGCCAUGUCGCAGAUGUUGCACAUAGAGAUUCCCAACUUUGGGAACACCGUUCUGGGCUGCCUCAACGAGCAGAGGCUGCUGGGGCUGUACUGCGAUGUGUCCAUCGUGGUGAAGGGCCAAGCCUUCAAGGCACACCGGGCGUCCCUCUACUUCCGAGACUUGUUCAGUGGCAACAGCAAAAACGCCUUUGAGCUGCCGGGGACGGUCCCCCCUGCUUGCUUCCAGCAGAUCCUCUCCUUCUGCUACACCGGCAAGCUGACCAUGGCCGCGAGCGAGCAGCUGGUGGUGAUGUACACAGCAGGCUUCCUGCAGAUCCAGCACAUCGUGGAGAAAGGCACGGACUUGAUGUUCAAGGUCAGCUCUCCCCACUGUGACUCUCAGACCACCAUGAUCGAAGACCCCAGCUCGGAGCCGCAGAGCCCCUGCAACCAGCUGCAGUCGGCCUCGGCGCCCUACGUCAUGUCCCCCUCCAUGCCCAUCCCGCUCCUCACG